AAAACAAUCGAAAAAUUCUAGCUCACGCUCAGUUUAUUUUAAGGAGAAUACGUUAAGGGCUCCUUAACGUGAACCAGCAUAUUCGAACAUAAAUAUCCGUCAAGGCAUUCAGAAAAAAACAGUCGCGACGAAUAAAAGACGGCGGAGGCAUGAACGGAUGAGAUGUAUUCACCCCUAUGGCGUAAUUUUUUUAAAACAUAAUUCACAGUGAAUUGUAAAACAGUUAUAGCAGAGGCGCAGGAGAAUGGAUGAAGCAAUACAUUUAAUUCUCCAGUCUGCUUCUGCCUUUCCCCCACCACCAGGUAUCAAAUUUGCUUAUGGAACAGCAGGGUUCCGAUCAAAUGCUUCACUCUUGUCAUCAACAGUGUUCAGAGCUGGAAUUGUGGCUGCUCUGAGGUCAUUGAAAAGUGGAUCUGUUAUUGGACUAAUGAUCACAGCCUCACAUAAUCCAGCUUCUGACAAUGGUGUGAAGGUUGCAGAUCCAGGAGGUGGCAUGUUGACCCAGGACUGGGAACCAUUUGCUGAGGCCUUGGCAAAUGCUGUCAAUCCAGAGGAUUUUGUACAAACAAUUAAGGAGUUCAUGAGGAAUGAAGGUAUAUCAUUCAAAGAAGCAUGUUCUGGGGAGGUACUUGUAGCAAGAGACACAAGGCCUAGUGGAGAGUCACUACUUGGUGCUGCCAUGCGAGGAAUUAGAGCUGUAAAAGGAGUUGUAGCUGUAGACAUGGGUAUCUUGACAACUCCACAACUUCACUGGAUGGUCCGGAACAGAAACAGAUCUACGCCAGCAACAGAAUUUGAUUAUUACACACAACUCUCAAGCUCAUUCAGGACUUUAAUGUCAUUGAGCCUCAAAGUGCUCGAAUCAGAACCUUAUACAGGAGAUGUGGUAGUAGAUGGAGCCAAUGGAGUGGGUGCAGAAAAGUUGUCUCUGUUGCUGUCUUUUCUGGAGGGUCUAGAAAUGCAGAUCAAGAACUCUGGCAAGGAAGGGGAAGGUGGCCUCAAUGAAAGAGUUGGGGCUGACUUUGUGCAGAAAGAGAAGGUGAUUCCCUGUGGAUUUGGAGUUGGUGAUGUUGGAAAAAGGUGUGCAAGCUUUGAUGGUGAUGCAGACAGACUUGUUUAUUUCUAUAUCUCAUCCUUGGAAAAGCAGAGCAUUGAUCUUAUUGAUGGUGAUAAAAUCUUGACUCUAUUUGCUAUUUUCAUCAACCAGCAGUUGAACUGUCUCCAAGAGAAAUGCCAUUCAUUUAAGCUGGGAAUCGUGCAGACUGCUUAUGCUAAUGGAGCUUCCACAAAUUACUUGAGGUAUCUUGGGUUGGAAGUUGUGUUCACUCUCACUGGAGUGAAAUACUUACAUGAGAAGGCUGCUGAAUAUGAUAUUGGAAUAUACUUUGAAGCAAAUGGACAUGGAACUAUUUUGUUUUCUGAGAAAUUCUUAGCAUGGCUUAGUGCUUUGAAUGAAGAGCUUGGUUCUUUUUCAACAGGCUUGGAGCAGCUCAAGGCUGUUCAAAGAUUGUUGGCAGUCAGUAAGUUGAUCAAUCAAGCAACAGGAGAUGCAUUGAGUGGCUGCUUGUUGGUAGAAGCUAUUCUUCAUUACAUGGGAUUCUCCAUUCAAACAUGGAACAAACUUUAUCAGGACCUUCCAAGCAGACAAAUAAAGGUAAAAGUUGCAGAUAAAACAUCUAUAGUCACCACUGAUGCAGAAACUAGGGUGUUGAGGCCCUUGGGACUUCAGGAAGCAAUUGAUUCUGAAGUUGCAAAACAUUCCCAGGGGCGGGCAUUUGUUCGUCCCUCUGGUACAGAGGAUGCAGUACGAGUCUAUGCUGAGGCCCUAACACAAGAGGCUGCAGACAGUCUGGCUCAAGCAAUUGCUGAGCAUGUGCACCAAUUUGCAGGACUUGUAAGUGCCACAUGAUGAAUGGAUGCUUUUGAAAGAAAAUGCUUAUGCAAAAGGAGGUUUAAUCUUAUAGAGAGAGUUCCUAUCUUUUUCUUCCUUUAUGCAUUUUUCCAGAAUGGGAAUGCAUCAGAUGGAGGGUUUCAUUACUCAGAGCACAUUCCCAUCCCAUAUCAUGUAACUGUUGCUUAUUUGGAAUUUCAUUGUUAAUAUCCUUUAAACUGCAAACUCAACUAAAAAUAGUAUAGUUCAUUGUUGGUUCUGAGACAAUCAAGUCAUGAACAUGUGUAGGAGUUACGAGGCUUAAUUUUUUUACUUGUCAAUUUUGUGA